AUGGAGUCCUAUGUUUUGAAAUAUGGCAACAAAGUUGAAGGUACAUGUGAGUUCCAGACACAUAGAACAGGUUGAAUUGCGUGACAUGAAUCUUGAGAGGCAGUAGUAGAGUGUGUCACACAAUAUCUUGUUUUUUGGUGGUAAGCCCAUCAUACAGAGGCUGACAUCACAAGAUCACAGAAUGUACAGUAACUCUAUUUCCUUUUCCAUAAAAUUAAAGAACUAAUUGUGAGUCUUUCUUCUGAGCAAAGGGGAACAACUCAACUUGGGUGUAGACCUGCCCCCUAAGGACUGUUUUGUACAACAUCAUGGUUUUAAAAACUUGCAGUUUUUCUUAUGUUAGUCAUUACACUUUGUGAUCACAUAUGCAUUUCUCAUGGUUAUAUGGUGAACCUAACUUAUAGUCCUUAUCAGAUUUUCAACUGAGCUGCAAUCUAGUAAUGUUUGUAAAAGCUGGUCUCAAUAUGUGAUUUUUAUAAUUAGCAAUCGUAUCAAAACAUGUCCUGGAUAACUUUGAGGGAACCUCGAUCUCUUUUUCUAUAAACUGAAGCAUACAUCUAGGCAGAAAAAUGUAUGGGACCAUCUUAGCACAGCAGCAAAUUUAACCCUGUAUUUUUUAAAGAAAUAAGCCUUCAAUACUUUCUGUGUUUCGAUUUUUAGGACAUGGUUGGGAAUCUUCAAUUCAUCAGAUGGCAGUUGCAGCUGUUAAGCUUGAGAUUCUCUCAAUAGCUCCAAAUAGUGAAGUAAGUUGAAUGAUGUGAAAGGGCAUAACCUCUUAACACUGUUCUGCUUUAAACUUGAGUUAUUGAGUGUUAUUGAUGUAAGUGUCAAAUUGCCAAGUUGGUAUAAGUUUAGCCCCUAUAUCCUGCAUGUACAGUGUAUAUUCUCCAUACUGACUGAAGAGAAUUUGAUAAAGGAUGUAACAUUUUGAUGUAAACAAUGUUCAAUUGCUCGGUACUCGAGGCAGAGAUUCAUUCAUUUUGUUGAACCCUUACAUUUUAUCCAGAGAUCCCAUCAUAACACUCUCCCUUAAUAAGUUUAGUACAAGAGGGUAUUGCUCUAAUACAUUUAUAAGCCUCUUUAUUUCAUAUUUCCAGGUCAAAAUUGAUGUGUCUGAGUCUUCAAGAGAAUUUAGACAAGCCACUUUUGUUAUGUAUAACUGUGCCAGGCUGGCUAAACUGUUCGAAAACUUUGAGAAAAAUGUCCUUAAAGGUGAGAACAAACAAAACAGUCAUAGAUGGUAAACACAUGUCAAGCAAUUAAGGGUUUCAAUAAUUUUGCUUAUAUGAUGUGUGUGAGCUGGGUUAUCAGUGAGAGGGUUUAUGUAAUGUUCAACACAUGAGCAGCUGCAGUGUUUUAUCACUGGUUAACAAUGCAAUUUAAGCACAUAGAACUCUCCUGACGGACACUCUCAUUCUAUUUACAGGAGCCUUCAGAAAACCCUUUUUUUCUCAGCUCCCAUAUGAAUUCUGAAUUUUUAUAUUCCUGUAAGCAGCCAGCUCCAGACAUGGAAACUUUUUCACUCUCCCAAGGGUGUCUGCUCACAACAGCUAGCUUCCAAUGUAGUGAUAAAACAUGUGCUGUGAGUGUUUUGAACAGCUUCAAAAAGAUCCCCGGAGUAUUCCCAUCAAUGCACUUCUCUUUGUGUUGAAUAAAAAAUGUCACAUAAAAGUGCCAAAAUCACAGAGGUUGGUGAGAUAUAGUUAUGCUGCAAAUGCAUUGUGCAACUGAAGUGCACACAGUCAGUGUAUGCUUCUACCUGCUUUCGCAAUGCAGCUAUGUAAAUAAAUGAACUGUACAUUAGUCCCAAUUUUUCCUCUGAACAGUCAAAGCCACACCCAUCUUUCAGACUUUGAACUGUAAAUACCUGAUGCAACAAAACCCUGAGUGUAUAUCAAAAACCUGGCAUAAUGAAAGACAUUCUGCAACACCAGUUAUAGCAUAUAUAAUGUUUGGUUUAGGAACCGGCAGUGAUAUAACUUACCCCCAAUACAGCAACUGAUUUUCCUGUCUGCAUUGAAUCUGGUUCCCAAUUUUUAAUAUUAUAGUUACAAACUUCACUGGGAAGAUGUCAUUUAGGGAGAUUUAUUGUUAAACCGAAAAAUGUGUUAAUGUUUACUAGGUAUAUACCCAGCUCUUCCACCCAUCCAAGAAGUGGAUUUCAGUCUUCUUCGUGAUGAAGUAAGUUGCAGUGGCUUAUUUCUUUACCUGUUGCAAUGUGAGAGCACUAUUCAAACGAUGUAUUUUUUGUAUUUGCAAAUAUAUUAUCUUAAAUUCCAUAUGAAGAAAAACAAAUGGCUAUACAGUUAAUUAUACUUAGUCAAAUUCAUCUACCUUUUCCUGAUAGAACCGGCCCUUUCAACUCAGACACAACUUAACACAUUCAAUUGAUGAAGACAUAAUAAUCACUGUUCCACCAAUUUGCUUGUUUUGGCUGCCUGGAUGGUAGUAACCCAGUUGUAGCCAACUCCAAAAAGGCGAAUUGUUUUCCCUUUAUGAUUUCCCGUUACAAUUUUUUACAGGAUGAGUGGGAAUUAAUACUGAACUUUAUUGUGACGUUUCCAUCAGUUAUCAAGAGCACGGUGCCUAAAAUCACUUUGAAGUCGCAUAAUGUCAUUAUCCAAACAAAUAAGGUAAAUUUACAUGCCGAACUACACAACUCUCUACAUAAAUCUAUUUUCUCAUGACCUUGAAAUGAAAACUCGCGAACGAAACAGAAACAACAAACGAACGGAAAUAGAGCGAUUUAUUUGGUUUAUCGAACGGAUACAAACGCGCGUGGCUUUUGGUUGGUUAAGGGAACGCUCGGGUGAAAAAACUUCUAGCCUAAAUCUAAAUCUAAAUCUAAAUAUCGUUAUGUCGGCAAAAUCGUUUGGGACAUCACGCCAACUCUAAGAUAAUAAUAAAUAAAACUAUACUAAAAUAUACAAAACUAUUAAAAACUACUUAUAAAAAUAAAACUAAAUUAGUUUGCUUUUAAAAAUACAGAGGGAUUGGCUGGAAACAGUUUCUUCUGGAAGUUUGUUCCAUUCAGUUAUUGUCCUGGGAAAAAAAGAAAAUCUAAAAAUAUCUUUAAGUCCUUUCGGUACAAUAAAUUUAAAAUCAUGGCUUCCCCGGGUUCUCCUUUCUUUGCUUGUUAUCAAAUAAUCCCCCCAAUCCCCAUCUAGGAGGCCGUGGCACAUCUUGUAUAAGCAAGCUCUCCAUUUAGGGGAUAUCGUGAAAAGUACACGGAGAGCUUGCUCGCAGGCUAAAAAACUUCAUGCCCGAAGAACUUUCUAGAAAUCAUUGGAUACUUCACUUUGAUGCCAUACUGCAACACGAUUGGCCUAUAGAACAAUGGCUUCUCCAUUUUAGGGUUUUCUUUGGUUUUGAUCUUUUCAUCCAUUGGCUGAUAAAAACAGCUGAUGAACACGUACCGAAACCAUUUUUCAAGGUCAUACGAAAAUCGCUCUACAGUCUAACCUCUCCUUACGGACACCACCGUAAUACGGACACCUCUCUAUUACGGACAGAUCAUUUGGUCCCAGAAAUGCCAAAAAUCAUAGAUUCCUUACCUCUAUAAUACGGACACCUCUGUAAAGCGGACACUUGGUUCUGUCCCUUUGGUGUCCGUAUUAAAGAGGUUUGACUGUAUCAUGUUCCCUCAAGUACUGUAGUCUUUCAAAUGAAUAAGUGCAAAUGAAAUAUAACUACUAUGCAAUUUUCCAGUACGCUAAAGGUCUUUUCAAGGAUAAUGAAAUGUACAAUCAAAGUUGAAUAAGACGAAAAUAAUGUUAGAAAUCCAAAAUGGCAGGAGAAACCAGUUGGCUACUUGGAGUGGUAAUAUAUGAACCUGGCAUUAAAUGCCCUAAACCACUCAGUUUUGCUGGGUGUAGGUUAGUGGUGUGGUUGACCUGUUUUAUGUUGCCAUUGUAUCCAAGGAAAGCAUUGACAAUUAGAAUGACGCGUGAAUAACAGCUCUGAUGGGGUUACUCACUGGUGAAGUCACGUUUAUACGAGGCAAACAGAGUUUGUUUUUGUGUAACAAUGGUGCAUUUUAUUCUUAUUGUUCAAGGUUAUUGCAAAGUUUAGUUUGAUAGUUUGAUUUAUUUACAGAUCUGUUCCUUUUUGUUCACUUUGAGCCAUAAAUUCAGUUCUUACUACGGACGGGUGCAUAUUCUUGGGGUAAGAACUAAAAGCAAUGGAAAUAGUCUUUUUCACAGCAACCUUGCUUUGUGCUUUUGCAGCCCUCUCAAGGGUGACACCAUGCAGCCUAUUCAAAAUGGUUACAAUGUCAUUUGUUUCCAGCGUUUCUUGUGUGCUUAACUGUUAAACCCUGUCAGUCUACUCAUACGUUUAAAUAAACGUCGUAUUUCCAAAGCAAACAAGAUUGCAGAGUUAGUUAUGUUUAGCAGAUGUUCUUUUACUAAAAACAUCACCACAAUGAAUUAUUGACAGCCUAGGAAAAAGGAGCAGGAGAAAGAUGACUGUUGGCUGUUUAACUUGGAUGAUUACCUUGGAAUGAGGCUCUUUUAAAGCAUAGACACUGCGGAAACAAAACAAGUCGGCUGAUUCCCGUGGAACGAGGCUCCUCAUGAGCAAUAGUCACCCUGGUCAUCCUAGUCAAUAGUCUCCUAGUAUAUGUGGAACGCUACAAUUGUAGGUCUGAGUGUUUCCCAGUCAUUCAAGUUACCGUUCAACCAAAUCAGCAUAGUGGCCCAAGUCACCCUAGUAAACUUUGUCUUCCUAGCCACCCUAGUCACCCUAGUCAACCAUUCACCCCAGCAGCCCCAGUAGUAACUAUUAUGUUGGUUUAAUAUCUUUACCGAUUUCUAUACAGGAAUCGCGACAUCAUCUUUUCCCCACCAUGUUUGCAAGACUUUAUCUGAUGAAAACUCUUCAACAGGUAAGCUACGAAUAUUGGGCCGUCAAAGUGAUGUCACAAACU